AUGGUUAUUGAGACUGCUCCAAAUUCAUCUGCAUAUUGCGUUUCGCCCACACAGCGGGAGGCUUCAACACUUGUCUCGGAAGUUAUUGCCACAUCGAAAGCUAUCGUCGUUCCACCUGUGAGUAGUUGCUCGUCGUUAGCACCUCAGUCCAACAUUGUCAAUCAUCGAGAAACUAUCUUUGGAGUUGAUGAUGAAUGUUGGCAGUUGAGUAGUACAUCUAAUAUGCUUUCCAGUGGAAAUAUGCAAUUAGCAAGUGUUUCCAACGCAGUUUCAGCAUUACCUUCUGCAACAGCGGCUCAUCGUCUCGUUUCUACCAAUAGCCAUUAUCCAGCGGUCUAUCGAAAAAACACCUUAAGCUGUACGUCAAGUGUACCAGUAACGAAUGGUUUCGCAAGCGGUUCAACUGUCAAUCGAUUCAUACCAAACGGUUCUAUUUCCGGAUCUCCUCUGCGAGCUCAUUCACCUCGAACUGUACCAAAUGGUAAAUCACAAAAUGCCGGUAGUUCGCCUCGUUCUUCUCUUGCUAGUUAUUCUUCGUAUAGUUCAAUGGUCAAUCAGACGAGUGCGUAUAGUCCGACAUACGUCAGGCGAUCUCCUCGACAGUCAUCAUCUCCGAUCAAUGAGGAUUGUUUAGUAGUAAUUCACAUGCGUGCAGACCUACAAGGACGAUACGGGUUUAACGUAAAAGGUGGCGCAGAUCAAAAUCAUCCUGUGAUUGUAAGUCAGGUUGCUCCAGGCAGCUGUGCCGAUAGAUGUAAUCCGAGGCUGAAUGAAGGCGAUCAAGUGCUCCUAAUUAAUGGUAUGGAUAUAACUUCGAUGACACACGAACAGGUUGUUCAUUUUAUCCGUGCCACACGUGAUUCGAAUGAAGGAGAACUCGUACUUACUAUCAGGCCAAAUGUAUAUCGCUGUGGUGGUGAUAUCGAAGAAACAGAUGGUUUGCAUAUACCCGAAGUGAUGCAUGUGGCGGAAACGGUGCCGUGGUCUGAUAAACUUUCACAGUCUCUUAUUAUGCUGAAAGAAUCACUCUCAUCUGGGAAAAUUGCCUCGCAGUUUGAGCAGUUGUAUCGGAAGAAGCCAGGCUUAUCCAUGGAUGAUUGCAAGCUAUCAUCAAAUAUUAACAAAAACCGAUAUCGAGAUGUUUGCCCUUAUGAUUGUACUCGUGUAAAGAUUAUUUCUCCAACUGGUGAUUAUAUUAAUGCAUCUUAUGUUAAUAUGGAAAUUCCAUCCAGUGGAAUUGUAAAUCGUUACAUUGCUGCACAAGGGCCUCUUGCGCAUACUUCUGGUGAUUUCUGGUAUAUGGUCUGGGAGCAGCUCUCUACCACAAUUGUCAUGCUCACUACUACCGUUGAGCGAGGUCGAAUCAAGUGCCAUCAGUACUGGCCUAGACUUUAUGGAAGUCAUGAUUAUGGUCGCUUACAAAUUUCGUGUAUUAGCGAACGGGAAACUAUCAGCUGUGUUUAUCGAGAAAUAUCAAUCAAAGACAAAACAACGAAAGAAGAAAGGCGGGUAAGUCAAAUGCAGUACACAGCAUGGCCUGAUCAUGGUGUGCCUGAUAACCCAAAGCAUUUCAUCGAAUUCGUUGAUGAGGUUCGCCUUGCUCGAGCUGGAUCGGUUGAUCCUAUCGUUGUCCACUGCAGUGCCGGAAUCGGACGUACAGGUGUCUUAAUUCUGAUGGAAACAGCUGCAUGUUUGGUAGAAGCUAACGAACCUGUUUAUCCUCUCGAUAUUGUCCGUGCAAUGCGUGAUCAACGUGCUAUGCUCAUACAAACAUCGGGUCAGUAUACAUUUGUAUGUGAAUGCAUAUUGCGUGCUUAUCAUGACGGUUAUAUUAAGCCACUGGCAGAGUAUUGCAUGCGGUAA